CCCAGUUUCAGUUCUUUGCAAUAUUGUAGAAAAGUUCAUUCUACUUUAGUUUGAUCGUGCACCGACAAGCGGAACAGAAACGGGCACGACAAAAUGCAAGAUGGACUCAUAUCCCGCGCGGGGGCCUCGAUCUGCAACGAUCCGUUCGCCGACAAAGGUACGGCAAAGUACAGCACCAUGAAUGGAACGGGGACGUCGACGACGACCAUGGCAACACCAUCGGCCAAGCAAUACUCACCGACCAAAUCCUGCCAGCACCAUCAACCCCGACAACCGCCCUCACCCACACAUCAUACCGCGGGCGCCGAAUUUAAACUUUGCGGUUAUGAUUGUGGCCCAAUGAUGGCGGGCCAAACGACCGACGAUGGUAGCCCGCAUUCCCCUGGCGGUCCGAAGGCGGACAUGUUCGGUGUGCUGGAGUUUUGGAUCAAGCUGAGGCACGAUCUAAGGACGCUACCGUGGGAACAGUUGAAGUCGGUUAAGCUGAAGAACCCUCGUGCCGCACCCGGCUGUGCCUACAUUCCGACCCAGGUGGAACAUAUCGCCAACGUAUUAACGCACGGGUUUUGGAUACUACCGGCGAUAUACGGUGGGUCCAAUCUCUACUGGCGCAGCUACACACCGGCCCAAACCCUCGCCGCCAUCAUCUACGGAGUCGCCCUGACGAUGCUGUUCUUCGUUUCGACGUGCUUCCACUGCGUUUGCUACUGCAGUCGCAAUCGACCACUGAAGGAUGCCCUGCACCGGUGCGACCGUGCCAUGAUCUACAUAUUUAUCGCCGGUUCGUACUAUCCGUGGCUCAGUCUCGGCCACACGACCCACCCGCAGAUUGUGUCCGUCGUCAAGUGGUGCGUUUGGGUGAUGGCUGUGCUCGGUAUAAUCUAUCAGCAGAUGUACCACGAACGGUACAAGUGCCUGGAGACGUUCUUCUACGUUGUGAUCGGUCUCGGGCCGUCGGUUGUGAUCGUUCUCUGGGGCCACGAGUUCACCGGCAUGUCAGAGCUCAAGUUCGGUGGCCUCCUUUACAUCGUCGGUAUAGUGUUCUUCAAGGCGGACGGACUCUUUCCGUUUGCGCACGCUAUUUGGCAUCUUUUUGUUGUGUUUGCCGCGUGCGUACACUACUUCGCCAUCCUGACACACUUGUUCCCUGUGCCGACGUCUGCUGGCGUCGCCGGGGCUUCAAUUUAAGGCCCUGGUGAAAUCCGACACUGCUAGCUAGAAUUCGCUCUUUCAUUCGAUGAAUGGCGUAGCGCGUGUAUAUUUCCGUUGUUGCUGGUCAAAAACGAAGGGAAGCUAUAAGAAUUCAUAUUGUCCGAUAAUGGUACUAGAGCGAAGAUUUAGCGAAGAGUUGAUUCCUAUCCGUUUUGUAAAUCCUUGUGUUCAUCCGUGUUUAGAUUACGUUUUGUUGGACUUUUUUUACGACAUUAUCUGUUUAUGUAAGUGAUAAAGUAAAGCAACACGAAGGGAUGGAUCCAGUGAAAGGAAACAUUUAGUUAAAGCUAGUUGGAAACAUCCAACAUCCAUCCAUACUACUAUACAUACUUUAUUACUAUUUACUUUGCUUUGCUUUACUACAUAUACUUUAUACUAUUAUGUUCAAAGCUUUGCUCAACUUCUAUACUCAGUUUGUGUGGUUGUCCAUAUGUAAUCGCAUAUGUGAUACACCUAAAGGUACAACGUUCUUAUCAUUAGCCCUGCAAUAUACUCUUAUCCAUCCCUCGUAUACUUGGACGGUUGUGUUCAGUUUCGGUUCCUCUUUGUGGAAUUCACACUCGCAUUGAUAUCAAAAUAUCCCUGACUUUUACUCCAGGCCUUUUUUCUAAAUGCUUUUUCUAAACAAUAUAAUCUCAAUGAAAGGGUAACCGUGGACGAACGCAAAUUUAUUUACUGCUCUUCUUGUGAUACGUUAAACGUUUAAGAAAUAUAAAAAUAUUAGUAUUGUUUCAUUAUCAUUAGUGACAGGUUAGUUCAACGGGAUACAACACAUUUCAUUGGUUUUUAGUUCGUUUUCCCUGCACUUCCCAUAAUGAUUCAGUAAUGGACUUAGGUAAGAAAGCAACAAUAUAUCGAAGAUGGAAUUUACUCCUGUUUGAACUCCUGUUUCUAUACCUUAGGGCUCAUUGCCGUUCGAGGUGACAGGGUUACUUUGUCGAAUGCGUUACACAUGUUAACAAGCUAUAUGGAAUAACGAAAAACGGUUAUAUUGUAACGGAAACCACCUUAGAGUUGUAAGACAAUGCGAGGCCCCAACGGUCUGGCGGUUGGAGUUAUUCAUCGUAACAAAGUGAAUGUCAAAACGAAGUUAGAGAAAUAUUUAACAAAAUCGAAUCGAUUCGAGUUGUUUGAUUCCUGUGUACACUAUUUGAGGCUAUUUUAACUAAAUGGACUGCAGCGAAGAUGUCGGCAAGAUUGAUCUUUGAUUCAGCAGGGGACAUUAUUGUGUCUGUUAAAGGGCGGUUGUAAACCGGUUGGGUUCACAUCCAGUGAAGAAAGUGACAAGUCUGAGUACCGAUAAUUGUAUGCAUAUAACAUUGAAUUUCAUAUGCUCGAAUGCUGUGUAAAGGAACAGGGAAGAAGAUAUAUGCAAAAACAAUUGAGCCAAAACAUAAGUAGCGGUAGUGUACCGAAUUACAUAAAAAAAAUGAUAAAAUAUCAACUUUGAAAUGACAAAGUAAAAAAAAAGUCCCAAAGUUAUAAACCCACCUAGUAAACCAAAAC